AUGGUAGCAGUAUUAAUAAUAGCAGCUAGUAGCAGCAGGCAUAUUAAUACCAGAAUUAGUAGCAGUAGCCGUAUUAGUAACAGCAAUGGUAGCAGUAUUAAUAGUAGCAGUAGUAGCAGUAGCCAUAUUAGUAGCAGGAAUAGUAGCAGUAACCGUAUUAAUGAUAGCAAUAGCAGCAGCAGCAGCCGAAUUAAUAGGAGGUUUAGUAGCAGUAUCCGUAUUAAUAGUAGCACUAAUAGCAGCAGCCGUAUUAGUAGCAGGAUUAGUAGCAUUAGCUAUAUUAGUAGCAGGAUUAGUAGCAGUAACCGUAUUAAUAGUAGUAGUAGCAGCAGCCGCCGAAUUAAUAGGAGGUUUAGUAGCAGUAUCCGUAUUAAUAGUAGCACUAAUAGCGGCAGCCAUAGUAGUAGCAGGAUUAGUAGCAGCAGCCGUAUUAGUAGCGGCAGUAACAGUAAUUAA